GCAUUCAAGGUACAAGAUCGCAAUAGCCCUGAGGGUCUAGCCGCUCCCAUUCUCGUCUAGCUACCUCCACGACGCGUCCAUUCCCUUCUUAAUAAUCUACAGUAACUUCUUCUCCAUAUUCCACUCCGCUUACGAUCGAAAUGCAAACAGUGCAAGAGAUGUCCGCGGACGAGAAACAGCAACUGAUCCAAGGACCCGGAGAUGAGUGGACGUAUGAGAUGAGAAGACAAUGUCAGGAGAUACUGCCAGGUCUUUACCUGGGUCCAUUACAAGUAUCCAAGUCUCUCGAGACUCUGCAGUCAUACGGGGUCACACAUAUACUAUGUAUUCGAGAUGCACAAGAAGCGUUCUCAGUACGCCCACGAUUCCCAGAUCAUUUUCAAUAUAUGACCCUCGAUGUACGAGACAACGAGGACCAGAACCUGAUCAAGCUCUUUCCACAAGCCAAGGAGUUCAUUGAUCAGGCUCGAUUGGCAGGUGGUCGUGCGUUGGUUCACUGUAACGGCGGCAUCAGCCUAUCCCCAUCCUUCGUUGUGAUGUACGUUAUGCAAGAGGUUGGGCUCUCGUGGGAAGAUGCACUACACAUGGUGCAGAAUCGAAGAUAUUGUAUCUCGCCCAACGGCGGGUUCCUCACCCAACUUAAGGAGUAUGAAUCAAUCUACAAAGCACAUAUUGCCGUCCAGGGGUUCCCGCAACAACAACAGCGAGCCGUUUCCCGACGAAAACGAGAGGAGGAUGACGAUGCAGAUGAGCUAAGGUGCAUCCUUUCUUUCUUACGCUCGUAUUCAUUUCUACCCGUUUCUCUUCUUUGCACCGCGUAUGUUUUUUUGUUGGUGGUAUGCUAACGUGUAUUUUGUCUUAUCUCAGGGAGCAAGAACUUCAAGAACGCAAACGCGCUUAUACGGAGAAUGCGAAUGUUUAUUCGAUUCCCCGAUGUUCCUCUUGGGCCUCAACUGCAGCAACUAUCUUACUACACAUGUCUAUACCUGAUUUCUUCCCGAACGUCUGGCCCACCCCCGCUCUCGUCUGUACUUUCGCAAUAGCAAUAAUUUAUGGCUCACCUUCAAUGAGGUAUGAUGUAUCGGGAAUGCUACCCUUGACAUGGAAUAUAUUUAGCUUACAUGUUUAGACUUGACAUCUGUAUGUUGUAACCUAGAAUCUAUCCAUCAACUUCAGCAACCUUCAAGU